UUGAAAUGGAAAAUCCACGGACUAUUACCGACUUGCCCUACGAAAUCCUCGAUCUGAUAUUCAAGAACCUUGUUUACUUGAAAUACAAAGUGAACCUAUCUCAGGCUCACGAAAAGCUCGGAAAAGCUUUUGCCUUUCACUGCCGCAAUAAGUUCAGGAGUCUAUCGCCCGGAGCACAGUUAACAGCCGAACUAUGGGCGAUUCUUAUUCAGGAAUGUGGACCCACAAUUGAGGAGUAUGUCUACGGUGAUUCGGGUUACUCCUGGAACGAUCUGAUUGCCGAGGCAGUUGUGACACACUGUCCCAAUCUGAAAUCGGUAUCGAUUCGUCUAUUUAUGUCUGGCCAAGUCGGUGUUCCGGCAUUUUUAAAAAAGUUGAAAAGCACCCUGAAAUCGGUGAAAAUAGACCAACAAGAUUAUUUUCCAGCUACCGUCCUUGCAGUUGUGGGUGAAAUGACCCAAUUACAGACAUUGUCAUUCAAGGGAUAUGUGGACGAAAACGUGCAUCACGUAGAAAAAUGUAUCGCCCUUGAGAAGUUGAGCAUCGAGCACGUUAGUCAUUGGGAGAAGCCUCCUGUGAACUUAUUGCGAAUUUGUGCUUCACUAAGGAAUCUGCGAGUUUUAAGUUUAAAUAAAAUAAAAAUAAUGCCGUUUGAAGAGCCACAUUCGAAUAUGUGGGUUGGCUUAAAAACCCUGACACUAGAUUUUUGCGAGUUUUCCGAGGGACUGCCAGACUGCCCUGAACUAAAAAAAUUGGAUAUUCAUUACCCAAGAUGUCACACCGAAGGCUACAGUUUUAAAUUCAUUCUAAAAAAUGGAAGAAAUCUACAUACAUUGUAUGAGAAAUGCGAGCCGCCAAUCGAUGCAGAGGGUUUUCUUCAACUCCUUCGGAGCUGCCCAAAAUUACGAUAUCUUUAUACUCGGAUGGAAUUUAUUAAACUCUAUUCGGCUUAUGUGUCUAGAAUAAUAGCCAUUCUAGAGACCAAUGGAGUAACGCGGGAGGACCCGUUGGAACUUGUCAUAUGUAGGCGCAUUAAGUGGAAAUGGUUCAAAAGAUUACUUCUUCGGACUCCCAAUGCUGAGUUGAUCGAUCUGUAUGAGGGUACUGGGUAAACGUAAACCCAUUUGAUAAUAUAUCAAAAAAUAAAGAAAAAAAUAUUAAUUACACAGA